AUGUUCCCGAAAAACCACCAGAUCGACUUCCACGAAAGAGGAAAAGAAUCCAUCAUGUUCUCUAAGGCUCUUGUGUGCUGCUUCUUCGCCUACGUGGCCUGCGGUGUUGUUGUUGAACAUCCACCCCAGCCAUACAACUUCGGCUACGACAACGUCGAUGGAUUCGGCACUCGCAUGACCCGUCAGGAGACUGGCGAUGCCUUCAACAACAAGGUCGGCUCCUACAGCUACGUCGAUGCCUUCGGUGUCACCCGUGUGGUGAAGUACGUCGCUGACGCCACCGGUUUCCACCCAACCGUGGAGACCAACGAGCCAGGCACCAAAACUUCCGUCCCAGCCGACGCUCCUUUCUUCUCGUCCGCUGUCGAGGGCCCCCACCCGGUCGUCGUCAAGGCUGUCCACCCAGCCCCAGUUGCCGUUCGCUCUGUCUAUGCCGCCCCAGUGGCUGUGCGCUCUACCCUUGGCGCCCCAGUGGUUCACUCUGCCCCUUUCCCCUACGCUCACCAUGCUCCUCUCAGCUACGCCGUUGCCAAGCAUUUCUAAGUAACGAAUAAAUUAUCUGUCUGUCAUUCACUGAA